AUGAAGAUACUGGGCCAGAUUGCUUUCUUGCUGUUGCUCGGGGGAAUCUGGUGUCAGAACAACCGCAAUUCAAAGCCGGGUGCCAGGACCACCAAGAAAUCUGGUGGGAACCAAGGACAGGCGCUGGAGGCACUGGAGCCUCAGCUGAAUCAGGACCAGGACUCUGCUGCAGCAGCUCGAACUGCUGGACAACAGACAGAUGACAUGAGGCUCCACUUCCUCAAGAACACCCAAGUUACGUGUAAUGAUGGAACACCAGCUGGUUUUAACCUAAAGGAGUUCAGAGGAAGCCGUCGAUGGUUGUUAUUUCUGGAGGGUGGCUUUUGCUGCUACAGCAAAGAGACCUGUGAUUCCAGGUACCAAAAUAUCCCCCGACUAAUGAGCUCAUCAGUGUGGCCCCAAACUAAAAGAGGAAGUGGAAUAUUGUCUUCUCAAGCGGAGGAAAACCCACACUGGCAUAAUGCAAACAUUGUGUUCAUCCCAUAUUGUUCCAGCGAUGUAUGGAGUGGCAUUGGACCUGCCCCAACCCCUCCUCCAAAGUCACGACAAGGCAGAGAGAAAGAAAGAGAUAGAAAUACAAAUGCAACCGAGUAUACCUUCAUGGGGUCCCUGAUAAUCCGUGAGGUCAUCAAAGAUCUCAUCCCUAAAGGAAUCAAGCAGGCCAAGGUUGUCAUGCUGUCUGGCACAAGCGCUGGUGGAAUAGGAGUUUUGUUAAACAUUGAGAGGGUGGCCAGCCAGCUGGAGCAGCUUGGUGCUGAGGCUCAGGUUCGAGGUCUGGUGGACUCUGGUUGGUUUCUGGAGAACGAGCUGCAGGGGCUAGUAAACUGCCCAGGAGAGGCUUCCUGCUCAUUUGAACAUCCAAUGAAGAUAGGGUUCAGGCUGUGGAAUGGGGUUGUCCCUGAUAGAUGUCGCCAGCUCUAUAAGAGAGGAGAGGAAUGGCAGUGCAUCUAUGGUCACAAAAUAUAUUCUACAUUGACCUGUGACGCCCCUGUUGUUGUGCAGUGGCUAUAUGACGAGGAGCAGCUGAGAGGGGAGAACAUCUACGUGGGAGGACAGAGUAUGUCGGUGGAACAGUGGCAAUACCUGCAGAACCUGGGCUUGAAGUUCAAAAACUCACUGAGAGAUGUCACGGGUGUCUUUGCUGCAUCCUGCAUCUCCCACAGUGCAAUUAGCAAAAGUAAUUGGAUGACUUUCCAAGUUAGAGGCACCUCCCUACCAAGCCCUGCACGAGCCCUGCAAUGCUGGGACAGGAGUCUGGAGACGCGAGCCUUCACAGCCUGGAAUGCCUGUGCCCAGUGACACUCUGACCCUUGUGACCAGGCCACCCAGCAGGAGCUUACCCUGCUCCAGAUGCUGGUAGCCAUGGGCCUUGACCUCCAGAAGCUGGGCCUUGAUCCCCAGGGAGGUGCAGAUUCUCUGGCCAGCAUGGUUAGCAAUGGUGGCUAAGUGUGAAACUGGAGGGGAUUGUAGAAGAUAGCCAAACAAAGGCUUAGUAGAUGACAAAAUGUGUUGAAUAUUUCAUGUAACCAUAGAAAUCCUGCAAAAAUCUGGUUACUGUGUCUUGUGCUGCUCAGCAUUCCAUUAUGCUCAACAUGUCUGUUAGAUUUGUGGCUGGUGUUUGUGUCACUGCGUCUGGGUUUGAGAGGCUUAGCGGGCCCUCUACUGGACAUCAGAGGCAAGAGCUUUAGGUCUAAACCAAAGUAAUUUGAACUGUACUGGUCAAAGAGCUUUGAGUUUUAGUAGAUGGCUGCACAUAACCUUCUACAACACCUUUCCAUCCUCUCCAGGAACAUUUAACAUCAGAGCACUGUAGUAUAGUUUUAAUGAACACAGGCUCCACAAACUAUCUGAGGCACAAACACUUUUGCUUAGCUGAGAAAAAUACACAUUUGCACACCAUAUAAUUUUUCGCAUUUAAAUUGGCUUUGAAUUGUAUUUUAUUUAUGUUCUAUCAAACAGCCAUCCUAUAUUGUUUAUGGAUUAUAUUAUUUAUGUACCAAAUUUUGAGUAUAUUGAUUCACAAAAACGUAAAUUGUUUGCUUGAUUCGAGGACAAGCAAAA